AUGAUUCAGCAUAAAUCCAAGUUUGAUUUGGAACCAAACCCAUUCGAGCGUUCAUUUGCCACUAAAGAGUCUUCGAGUUUGUCCUUGAAUGAGCUCGCCAAUGACACUACAACCAACAACAAUAAUGAUACUAACUCCGAAAUAAAUAGUAUUGCCAGUACCAGUGCCAUAUCGUCCUCGACAAAGAAUAAUGGAAACUCGAGUAACAAGCAUAAUUUGCACAUUCCAAAUAUAUCCACAAUCAACCAACAAUCAAGCGACGGUGGAAGUGGGAAACUACCAGGUAUUACACCGCCGCUAUUUACCCCUGGCGGAAGAAGGUUACCUCCAAUCGGAUUAUCUCCUGGUGGAAGCACUGCUAAACAAUAUACGAGUGGACUGAGUAAUGGUAGCUUGACAAACAAUCCCGAUUCUAGCUUAUGGCCCAAUUUCAUUGGCAAUCAAAAUCUGCAAGGUCCACAGCUGCAACUGCAACAGAAUUUUAGUCAGUUGUUAUCAGGCAUUCGAAAGACUGGUUUAACUCCAAACGAAUCAAAUUUACGACUGGGUUUGACUCCUGGUGGUUUGGGUGGUUUUGGAUUUGGUAGUCAUUUAGCUCCAGGAUUGUCAACUCCUAGUGCGUUGUUAAAUGGACCAAUUACUCCAGGGUUGUCUAGUUUGUUAGGUAUUCCAGCAAACUCUUCUCAACCGGUUUCUAUGAAUUCUAACACUUCCUUACCUCUCCAACAACCACAACAACCACAACCACUUCCACAGCCACUUCCACAACUGCAACAACCAAUAGUUGGACCACAGCAAGCUCAUAUUCCUGGUCAACUUAUGCAACCACCAUCACAACAACAACUGAUUCCACAACAAACUCAAGAAAUCACAAAUAUUCCAAAUGUACCAACAACUAAUCAAGAUGUUUCUGCACCUUCUACCACAGUACCAGCUGCACCACAAAUUGCUCAACAAUUACCUCAACAACAACAACAACCAGGAGUGAUACAUACAAUUCCUGAAAACCCAGUCGGGUCAUUCCCUAUAUCAAGUGAACAAGAAACCGUUAAAAGUUCAUCUGUUCCUGUUGCACCUGUUACAUCAUCUAAUAGUAUAAAUCAAGACAAUGCGUCUACAUCUCCUCCAGCUACAACAACAAGAAAGAGAAAAAGCUCUGUCAAACUGGUUGAAGAACCUCUGGCAACUAAAAAGCCUAGAACUAUAAAGUCCAAGAAGAAAGAACCAAAAGCUAAGUUAAAGGCAGAACCUGAAUCAGAACCUGUUACUCAAGAACAGCCAGAGCAACAACCAUCGAAAGACGAUGAUGAUAAAUCUGAAGAUAAGGAGGAAGCUAAAUUAGGAAAAGGCAGGGGUAAGAGGAAAACAGCUAAUGAUGAAGAGAAGAGAAAGAAUUUUCUUGAACGAAACAGAGUUGCAGCUUCUAAAUGUCGUCAACGUAAGAAACAGUUGAUUCAAAAGAUGGAAGAUGAGUUAGCAUUUUAUCUGACUGGAUAUAGAGAGUUAUCGGCACAAGUUGCUCAAUUAAGAAGCCAGUUGAUGACGUUAAAGAAUGUUAUAUCUGGACAUAAAGAUUGUGGGAUGUUUAUUCAAUACAUUGGUGGCUUCAAUGCAUUAAAUGAACUUUUGCAGCAAGCUGAUUUUGCCACCCAAGUUACUGAAGGUGCACAUACAAAUAUGACAUCUAUGCCAUCUACUAUUCCUACUACUUUGAAUAAUGUCCCACUAGCAGCAGGGGCUUCCACCACUGCAGCACCACCGCCGCCACAGGCUGUUACUAGUGCUGAAGACAGUAACACUGACAAUCCACCAUCUGCACCAACAAGCACCAUGGCACCACCUUUGCCAAUUAGUGUUAAUGGUGAUCAUGAUUCGACACAGUCAAAUACAAGAAAUGCAACUCCAGAAGUCUCUUUUGGUCAACAACAACAACAACAUAAUAGCAGACCAGUUAGUGUGGUUAACAAUGCCGGAACAACCAUAACUUCGCAUCAUAGUUUGACAGACUUGCCUGCGGCUGCAUCUGCAGCCAUGGGAAGUAAUGUAGGAGUUUAUGGAAAUAAUAACCGAGUUGACAGUGGAGAUGGUGGUAAUAAUGGCAGAGAUUUAAGAGCCAUUAGUAGCAUGUCUAAUUUAGCGGCCAUGAAUUCUAAUAAUGGAGCAGCAAACACAGCCACCACAGUUGCGCCAUUUUGA